CCUUCCCCUAUUAUAGGAGCCCCCACAAUGACCCCCUUCCCCUACCAUGGGAGACCCCACAAUGGCCCCCUUCUCCCACCACAGGAGCUGACAGGCCGACUGCCUGCCGAAUACCCCUUGGAGCCUGGGGAGCAGCCUCAUCCAGUCCGGCGCAAGGCUGCCCCUGUCCCCCCUCAGGCCCGGGGACUCUGUCCCUCUGGGAUGCUUGCACUGGAGACGCUUGAGAGAGAGGUGUCAGUUCAGAGGCAGAUCGCCGCCGCUGCCAGACGCCUGGCCUUGGCCCCGGAGCUCAGCGUGGAACAGCGGCGGCGGCGGCGGCAGGUCCAGGCCGACGCAUCUCAGAGACUUCUGGAACUGGAGGAGCAGCUGAGGGCUAGCCGGGCCCUCCUGGGCCUUCCGCUCACCCUGCUUCCCCAGACCCAGCCUCCUCUGCCAGGCCAUGGGGGCCCCGGACUCCCCGGGCUCAGGACCCGAGUGGCCCAGCUCAGCCAAGAUGACGCCUCUCGCUCGGAGAGCAGCUCUCUCUCGGAGUCAGCGAGCCAUGAGAAUGAGGACCCCCACGGCGAGCGGCCCUCGCUCCCCAAGGCCCGGGACCAGCUGCGGGCAUCCAUAUCGGCCGGGGGCAGCCCAGAACGUAGACAGCCCUGGAAGGCGACCCCUCCCCCGCCAGUCGCCGAGCUCUACGGGGACCUGAAGAGCCGGAGGAACUCGGUGGCCAGCCCUACCAGCCCCACCAGGACCCUUCCCAGGAGCAUCUCCAGCUUUGAGGGCAGAAGCGUUCCUGCCACGCCCGUCCUGGCCCGGGGUCCUGCGCCCCAGCUCUGCAGGCUGGAGGGCCUUCACUCGCGCCAGUGGUCCGGCAGCCAGGACUCUCAGAUGGGCUUCCCGCACGCGGACGGCCCCUGGGAGCGGGCUUUCCUCGUCUCUGGCCGAACCCGCCGGAGCAACAGCUCCGAGGCCCUGUUGGUCGACCGAGGCGCCGGGAUCUCCGGCUUUGCGUGUGCCCGCCUGCCCCCGGAAGGGCCGCCGGUAUCCCCGCCCUGCAAAAGCAACGAGAGUAUUUUUGAGCGAGCGGCCCCGGUACCCCCCCCAGCCUUCUCUUCUCGAACAGCCGGGCCUCCGGACCCUCCCCGGGCCGCCCGGCCCAGCUCGGCCGCCCCUCCGGCUCCCCGGGGUCGGCCCCUGCCGGCCUACGGCGACCUCCUGCUGGAUUACUACCUGGCCCGGGGUGGACAGUGCUGGGCCGAGGGCCCGGGCCCCCUUUCCUGCAGGGAAAGUCUCCUUGUCUUCUUUCCCCCAGCUCCUUCCGCGCUCCAAGGGGACGGCGGAGGCGGCACGGGCAGCCCCCUCCUUCGAGCCAAGGACCCAGCACCCCACGGAGGCCCCGGGCGCGGGCUGAGUGGUCGCGCCAAGUCCGACGACGGGGGCCCGCUGCCCGGUUCCUUCUGGGCGGGCCCCGGGCCGAGCCGUUACCACGGUCAGCCGGACCAGGCGGCUGCCGAUCCCCGGGUCGGUCACAAGGCUCUGGCCCUCGAGGGCCUCCGGGACUGGUACAUUCGAAACGCGGGCUCGACGGGAGGGGGUCCCGUGGCGGGCCUUCACCCCUCGGCCCGGGGCCUCCUUCCGGAGGGCCAGGCCCUGCAUCCCUCCCCGUUCCCCUGGCAUCACUCUAGCUACCCCCAAGGCCUCCUGCUGCACGCUGCCCACGGCACCGCGGCUAGCCCCGAACCCUACCUGGGCUACGCCGGAGUGGCGCUGCCCUCCGCGGCGGCGGCGGCGGCAGCGACAGCCCUACCUCACUCCCUCAGCUUCACAGCGCCUCCCGUCUCCGGCAGACACUAUGCAGACUUCCUGUACCCCCCAGAGCUGAGCUCCCACUUAAGUGACCUGGCACUGGAGGGGGACCGGCCCCUGGACUCAGAUCCUCGAACCCCAGGGACGUUGGUCUGACCUUUCUGCCCCUGGAGACACUGGUCUGACACCUCAGUAGCCCCAGCUCCACCCUGGGGGCUGGUCUAGAUUCCCAACGUCCCGUCUCCGUAAACCUUUCCCUGCACGGAACCCAGGGAUGCUGCUCCCCCGCCCCGCCCUUUUGCUUCCUGACCACCGGUCCUCCCAGGCCCCCCUUCCUGCGACCCAAGUGGGUCGCGGCUGGUGUGAACUGCGCAGGGCCCCCCCCCCCUCUUUUUUCUACCUGCUCCAAGGAACUCUGGAUAUCGAUCUGACCUGUGACCUUCCUCUCCCCACUCUCCCCAGAUUGGGGGGGAGGCGGGGUGUGGGCUUUGUGGGGAGGGGCCGGGCCGGGUCGCAGGCCCACAGGAGAGGCCGGCGGCCCAGAGGCCAUCUAACCUAUCAUCCUCCUGUGUCUCCUUUCGUUGCCAUCAGGCCUCCAGCUGGAAGCAGGUACCAGGCUCAGCCGUUCUGGUUUGGGGGCAGGGGCUAGCCGGCGCCCCCGGAGGCGAGAUGCCGCCUGGUCUUCCGCGGCUUGGGGGUCGGGGCAGAAGGCCCGGUGGCCACCAGAGGUCCCCUGCUGUGAAGAUCCGGGGGAGGGGGGAGACGGGGAAGCUCCUUAGCGGGCAGCCGCGGUCACCCCGCUCCGGCAGGAUAAAGACUCGACGCCGUCCCGGCUAUCUAGAUGGCGAGGGGGCGGGGGUGCCCGCCUGCCCCCCAUCUCCUGAGGAUGAACUCCCAGACUCUCGGGCUUCUCCUCUCCAACCUGCACAUACGUGUUGUUGCCCCUCCCUCCCUCCCUCCCACCUAGCUCUAGUGCUGUCUUAUCUGGACAGCUUCACUCCCCAGGGGAGGGAAGAGGAAGCUUUCUUUUUGUGGAGGGAGUACAAAGGGCCCCCUGGGGUGGAUCUCUCUGGCCUCGGGGGCGGCAACACUGGAACACUCGGGUUUCUAUAAUAAACAGGUGAAUGGUUCUGGC